AUGGGUUCUAUCGGAUCUGCUUUCCGGUACUAUGCACCUGCACUCGGGUUUCGGAUGUUUGCUGUGAGGGUUAAUUCCAGCGAGAGGGACUUUCUCGAAGCGUUUAGGAGACCGCCUGCUAUUUUUGCUCGCUCUAUCAACCAGUUCAUCGAGAAGCCUCUUCUUGGUUAUUUCUUUGGCAUGAUGUCCGUAGCAAUGGUUUCGCUCCCAACGUCCAUUGGUGCUGGGAUUAUGCUGCUGUCUUGUAUCAGCGCGGCUCAGCUUUCUAAUUAUGCUACAUCUCUGAUUGACCCAUCAGUGGCUCCUCUGAGUAUUGUCAUGACAUCAUUAUCUACCGCUACGGCUGUUUUUGUGACCCCUUUAUUGUCACUUCUUCUCAUUGGCAAAAGAUUGCCCGUCCAUGUGAAAGGAAUGGUUUCCAGCAUUUUGCAGAUUGUCGUCACACCCAUCGCUGCAGGGCUGCUUCUGAAUAGGUUAAACACUCGCCUUUGCUACGUACAUUUGCUAGGAGUUUCAGUAGUUUAA